CGCCUUUCACAGAGGCGGCAUCGGGCUGCGCGGCGAGAGGAGGCUCGUACCACACUUCUGGCGCGACGGCGGCCGUGGAGGGUCAGCUCGGGCCGUUGCUAUGGUGCCAGUGCUUCCAGGCCUCUACUUGGGCUGGGGCCUAUCGGAGGCCGGGAAGGGCGAGGUGACGGCGUUGUUGUCGGUGGACUCGGAGGCGCCCGGGGGCGCGGAAGCCGGACCAGAGGACGUGCUGCACGUCCAGCUGCUGGACGAGCCACAGAGCGACCUGCUGAGCCACCUGGACGCAUGCGCCGCGUUCAUCACCCGCGCGCGGGACGGGGGCGGGGCCGUCCUGGUGCGCUGUCAUGCUGGGGUCAGCCGGAGCGUUGCGGUUGUGACUGCUUAUUUAAUGAAAGCGAAUAAUCUCUCUUUUGAAGAGGCCGAUGCCUUUGUCCGGGCGCUUAGACCAGAAGCCAAGAUGAAUGAAGGUUUUGAGUGGCAACUGAAACUCUAUGAAAAAAUGGGCUGCAAAGUCGAUGUCACCAGCGUCCUUUACAAACUGUAUCGUUUGCAGAAGGUUACAGAGAAAUACCCUGAGCUACAAAACCUGCCGCGAGACGUUUUUGCAGCCGAUCCAAACACUGGUCAUCGAACUCCAACCUAUGAACCUCUAUAUAAGUGCAGGAAAUGCAGGCGCCUUCUCUUUCAGAGUUCAAGCAUUCUGACUCACACUGAAGGCAAGGGGCCAGCUGCUUUUGUGCACAAGAGACUCCCGGACCCGGCCUCUUUUCAACGUGGGGGUCCAUCUACUUGCACUUCUUACUUUGUUGAGCCGGUACAGUGGAUGGAGCCGGCCCUGCUAGGAGUGCUGGAAGGGCAGCUUCUGUGCCCCAAAUGCUCCUCAAAGCUGGGCUCCUUCCACUGGCAUGGCGAGCAGUGUUCCUGUGGCCAUUGGGUGACUCCUGCCUUCCAGAUACACAAGAGCCGUGUGGAUGAAGUGAAAGCACUUCCUGUGGACAGUCUGCAGACUGGGAGAUGAACUUGGUUUGUGCGUGUGCCCUUCAGGCUGUCCAGCAUAAGGAUUCCGAGGACUUCUUCGUGAAUUCUGUCAAGUGGUCUCGUUGCUAUUAAGGGCACAUUUUUCCUCCAGCUUUGUAGGAAAGGGGUAAAUGCAUUAAAACGAUUUGUAUUUUUGGAUCAUUGUCCUGAAGUGGGUUUGCACCAGAAGAUCUAACUUGCUUGGGGCUCAGAGGCAGAGCUACCAGGGGGCUGGAGGGCGCGCGUUGCACUGGCCGCACGCCGAGGGGAAUUCCCUCGCGGCACCCCCCUCCCACCCCUGCGGUACGCACACCCCUCCCCACUUACCUU